ACUCUUGUUGUUUUCAGCUGGAGCUCGGGGGACAGACAAGAAAUCUUUAGAAUGUUGAAUCUGGAAAGUGUGGCGGCGUUCUUUCUCUUCUUUUUGGAAUGCUACCACAUCUGUGGUCAUCUUAACAUCCUGUUCCGGAUUCGACUUCUGCCCCGGAAGGACCUGGUUCGGAUCCGCCUCUACUUCCUGUUUGACCUGUUGACGGUGUUUUCCUCUUCCUUCCUGUUUCUACAGAAACUACAAUGGUUGGCAGUGCUACAGAUAGUGCAGCACCUGUAUUACGUCCUGUGUUGGGAGAAAACAGGGCCCGCCAAAAAAAUUGUCAGUUGGAGUUCUUUAGACUGGACAGCCAGUCAAUAUAAGGAGGAGUGGCACUUUGACUCUAUCCUGGGGACAGCUUUUGACGUGGGCGUCCAUUGCACCAUGGCUUUCUUUCUCGGUCAAUACCUGUCCACGGUACAAAUCUUCGUCUGUCUGUUUUUGGUACAGUGCUCCCUAUUGGCUGUUCUAUGUGGACCUUGGUUUGCCUGGAGCUGUCCCUGGGCCGCGCCUAAGUGGGUCCAGAAGAGGAUCCGCCCCCUCAGUGAAGAGGAAUGUCGGCUGGGCCUCGGGAAACAAUCUUAACGACACCCGAAUCAGUAUGUGGACUGAAUUGCCCUCACUCAUGGCAUAAUGAUGUGUUAGUCAUUUUCAGUAUUGUGAUCGAAUCUUUCCAAUCUAGUUUUGUUAAAAAAAUUCUCAAAGUAAUAAUUGGUAAUGUUCAGUAUCCUCUUUUUAAUUUCCUUUUUUUUCUAAAAAACAAAUGUAAUGAACGCGAUGAACGUGAACAUUCUAUUAAUGAUUUUAAAUAGGAAUAUACAUGUAUGUUCAACAUAGCAACGAAAAUCGUCAUUGGUUUGAAUGGGAGGAUGGAAGUUAGAUUGUUUUAUAGCAUAUAUGAGCAAUAUGGUGAUUUAUGUCAGAGUUCUGUAUUUUAUUUUAUUUAUUUUCGGUGUAUGUUUUUAUAGAUUGUGUCACCCAUCCUACAAAGAAAUGAUUGAUUGAUUUCAAAGCCUUUUAUUGAUCUUUAUGUGUGCUAGUAUUAUAUUUUAUCCAGCACCAAGCCCCACCCCACUCCACCCCGGCACCAUCAAUCUCAAAUUUAAACAUUAAUUUUAUUUCCCAAGAGUAUUAUAAUUCAUGACAUGUAGUCUAGAAAUAUAUUCACAUGACUUUGGUGAAUCGGGUUAUAAUUUUUAAUUCUAAAUGUUUUUUUUUUAACUCAUGCAUGUACAUGUAUGUAGUGUUUUGGUAUAUAUGAUUUUAAGAUGCGUGUGCUAAAGCUGUGUUGUAUACGUGUACACGUAGUUUUCUUCUUCACAGUUUUCCUUACAAUGUAGAUGUGUCAACCAGAAUAUAUAUCUGUUAGUGUAUAAUAUAAAAGCCCUGAAUAAGGACUACAUUCUGUUUUGUGAUAAUACAUUAACUGAAUCUGCAACCAGGAAGGAAGCAGAGAUGCGUUUUUAACAGAGCACUUGAAAAUGACUACAUAUUAGAAAUAACUUCCUUCACACGAUCUAUUAACGAAGUACUGGGCUUACUCAGUAACUUCUUAGUGCUUUUAAUAUUUAGUGCUUGUUCAGGAUUUUUUGAGUGUUUUGAUGUUGGUGUUUUUAAUUACUUAUAUAUUAGAAAUAUUUGUUGCUGUUUGAAUGAGCAUAAUUUUGUUGCAUUUUAUCAUUUUGACUCUACACUUUGUUAUGGGUUUAAUCCUUCUUGUCAAGUGCUGUACAUCCUAUAAUGUUAAUAUAUUUCUUUUUUAUACCAUAAUGGAUACUCCUUAAAGUUUGGAGAUACAAAAUAUAGCAAAAAAAAAAAAUUCAAUUUAAUCUUACACUGUAUUGGAAACUGAUGAAAAUUGUCACAUAUUUAGAACAUUGUAAAGAAAAAAAAUACAACAUGUAAACAAUACAGUUUACUUUUCCAAGAUUAGGCAAAAUUGAAAGUUCUGCUUUAGUAUUCUCAGGAAGAAUUUUUAGAAAUCAUUUGACUGCCAUCAUGAACAAAAUGAAUGAAAGCCGUGCAUGGUGAUAGCAUAAUUAUCAUGUUCAAAAUUAUUGUUUAAUAUAUACAUGUAGCUGUACAGUGUAUAUAUCUUUGCUUAUGUAAUUUGUGAGAAAGUUGUGUAAUGCAUUGAAAAAUGUUACGUUGAAGUAUCACGCCAUUCAACAAUGAGACAAGAGAGAAAAAGUGACAUAUGUAAUGGUUGAAUAUUUUUUUUUAAAUUAAAGUUUAAACUAGCUAGUUCUCUUUGUUGUAAACUGCAAAUAACAAUGCAAAGUUUCGUUUGUGUAUUUUUUUUGUUUUGAUCUUAUGAGUUGGACUUAAUAAACUUUCA